AUGCUUGUUCUUGUCGCUGGUGUAAGUGGCAAUAUCGGCCAAAAGCUGGUCGACGCUCUCCAUGCUCGAGGGCAUCAAGUCCGUGGUUUAGGCCGCAACCCCGCGAAACUUACGGCUACCCGCCGCGCCAAAUUGGAAGAUUUCAUCCUUACCAACAAGCAUUAUGACAUCGAGGCCCUUGACAGAGCUUGCAAAGGAACUGAAGCAGUCAUCUGUGCGUAUGGAGUGUUUCCGACCGAGCUACAAUUUGACAGGCAACUUUUCCUCCUCAGGGCGGCUGAGCGCACCAACAUUCGUCGAUUUGUUCUCUCGACAUAUCCUUUCAUUGCUUUCCGCCGCAUCGCCGAGCUAAGCUCGCCCAUCAACCCGAUUUACAUCUUCACAGGUGUCUUGGCCGAGGUAUUCUGGGUCUAUCCUGAUCAUUCUCCUGGAGAUGUCGAGCUGAAUGGCUACUGGGAUGGUAGAGACAAGUCCGCGAGUUUCUGGGGCAACGGAGAUAAGCCAAUGCCUUGGUCCACGGAGCGCGACGCAGCUGAUUUCACGGCUGCAAUAAUUUCUAGAGACAACACCGAGGAGGGUGGAUGCUGGAAUACAGUCUCCGGUAUUCAUUCCGUCCGAGACCUUCCCACAGUGUACCAAAGGGUAAAGGGAAAAGAGGUCAGCUUCAAGAUCAGGGGUACUGAUGAAGACCUCAAGUCUAUUACAUUCGAGGCCCGUAAGUCAGCUACACCGAGGGACUUUUUCCAGUAUAUGUCGUACUUCUAUCAGUUUUAUACUAAUAACGGUAUUUGGGAUAUGGCAAAGAUCGACAACGAUAAGCUUGAUGUCCGAGCAACGUCUCCGGAGGACUUUUUUUUUUUUUAG